UUCUUCCUUGUGUACACCUGCCUGCAUUCCGCAAUCAAUUGAAUUGGCAGCCGGCCUAGUCUUUUAGUUUUAGCAAGCCGAGUUAACUGAGUCGACUCUCGGAAGGGGUGUAAGUAGGUAAAAAAGAAAAAUGUUUGUUGUGUGGAAAUCGGUAUGAGCGUGGCUGCUUAUCAUCCUCUCGAUCUCCAAUGAACCUAUGAUCCCGUUCCCAUUUUCAAUUUCACCAUUAUCGUUUGAUUAUCUUUUCCCAAAAACAUUGUUAGCAAUGGAUGUGAGAAGACUGACGGCUGUCACCAAACCCAUCUAUAUCUACACCCCAAUCACUCGCCCCUUGACAUGCGUUACAUCGUCGUCUACCAACCUUUCUCCUGCUGUUCCACAGCUCAAUCCUCCACCGUCACCGCCGCCGCCUCCGCCUGUGACUCUAAACCACUCCUCUUCCCACCGUAAUAACCGGAGUUUGCUAGAUAGUCUGUCUUCUGUUCUCUCUAAGCCAUCACUGGAUUCGUCCAGAUCUAAACAGCUUAUUCCUCUUUUGUCCCCUUCAGAUUUUGAUCGAUUCUUCUUCUCUGUUUCCUCCCAUGUCAAUCCCAAAACCACUUUGAACUUUUUUUCCCUUGCUGCCCGUUCUUUUAACUUCCGUUUUACGCUUCGGUCCUAUUGUGUCUUGAUUCUUUUGCUUCUUUCCAAUCAUUCUUCCGCUGCUAGGUUGCUUUUGAUUCGUUUGAUUGAUGGGAAGCUGCUACUUUUCUCUCUUGACAAUCAUGCCAUUAGUCAUAUUCAGAUUGCGAGUGCAUUGGCGGAUUUGGAUACCUCUUUUAAGGGGGUUGCGGGGGUUGAUUUGUUACUGCAUCUCUAUUGCACCCAGUUCAAGAAUGUGGGUUUUACUUGCGCUAUUGAUGUCUUUUUCACACUCGCAGACAAGGGUAUUUUUCCUUCUUCCAAGACUUGCAACUUUUUCUUGAAUUCUUUGGUUAAGGCUAACGAACUGCAAAAGGCGUAUCAAGUGUUUGAAACUUUGUCUCGUUCCGUUUUUCUUGAUGUCUACUUGUGUACUACCAUGAUUAAUGGAUUUUGCAAGGGUGGCAGAAUUCAGGACGCUCUCACCCUGUUCUCUACAAUGGAAAGCCUGGGUAUCUCUCCGAAUGUAGUCACCUACAAUAAUAUUGUCCAUGGAUUAUGUAAGAGUGGCAAACUGGAUGAGGCAUUUCAGAUUAAACAGAACAUGAGAAAACAGGGAGUUGACCCCAGCCUCAUUACAUAUAGUGUUCUUAUCAAUGGUUUGAUUAAGUUGGAUAAAUUUGCGGAAGCCAAUUCAAUUUUGAAGGAAAUGUCUGAUAAGGGCUUUAUCCCUAACGAGUUUGUAUAUAAUACAUUAAUUGCUGGCUACUGCAAAAUGGGAAAUAUGGAUGAGGCACUUAGGAUAAAGGAUCACAUGCUAUUCAAUGGGGUGGAGCCUAAUUCUGUAACAUUCAAUUCACUUAUGCAGGGUUUCUGCAGGAUUGACCAAAUGGAGCAUGCUGAGAAUCUUUUAAGGGAAAUGUUAUCUAGAGUGUUGUCUAUAAACAUUGGCUCCUUUAGUUCUGUAAUUCAAUGGUUAUGCUUGAAGUCUAGGUUUGAUUCUGCUCUACAUUUUACCAAGGAAAUGUUGUUGAGAGAUUUAAGGCCCAAUGACGGGCUGAUGACCAUGUUGGUUGGUGGACUUUGCAAGGACAAAAAGCAUUUCGAGGCUAUUGAGCUUUGGUUUAAUCUUUCUGAGAAAGGAUUUCCUUCUAACAUUGUGACCUCAAAUGCUUUAAUUCAUGGUUUGUGUGAGGCAGGUCAGAUGCAAGAGGUUAUCAGGCUUCUAAAGGAGAUGUCACAGAGGGGUUUGACAUUGGAUAGGGUCUCAUACAAUACACUUAUCUUGAGAUGUUGCAAAGAGGGAAGAGUGGAAGAAGCUUUUAGGUUAAAGGAAGAGAUGUUUAAGCGGGGAAUUCAGCCUGACAUUUACACUUACAAUUUGCUUAUACAUGGCAUUUCAAAUAUGGGGAAAAUGGAAGAUGCUGUCAAGGUUUGGGAUGAAAGCAAAAGACAUGGUAUAGUUUCCAAUGUUUUUACAUAUGCAAUCUUGAUAGACGGAUAUGGUACAGUUGAUCAAAUUGAGGAGUGUCAAAAUUUGUUCGAUGACUUGGUUGCUAACAAACUGGAGCCCAACAUUGUUAUUUACAAUACAAUGAUUAAAGCUUACUGUAAAAAUGGGAAUAUGACGUCGGCCUGUCAACUUCGUGAUGACAUGAAAAGCAAGGGCAUCCUACCAAAUAUUGCCACUUAUUCUUCUUUAAUACACGGAAUGUGCAAAUUGGGUCUUCCUGAUGAUGCAAGACAACUUAUUGUGGAAAUGAGAGGUUUGGACUUGUUGCCAAAUGUCAUAUGUUAUACCGCACUAGUUAGAGGUUAUUGUAGGAUAGGUCAGAUGGAUAAAGCUGGGAGUCUUAUACAAGAAAUGUCUUCAUAUAACAUACAACCGAAUAAGAUUACCUAUACUGUCAUGAUCGAUGGAUACUGCAAAUUAGGUAAUAUGAAAGAAGCCACCAAGCUUCUAACUCAGAUGAUUAAAAAUGGAAUUGCACCAGAUGUCGUCACUUAUAAUGCCUUUAUGAAUGGAUUAUGUAAGGAGGGAAGGGUGGAUGAUUCUUUUAGAGUAUGUGAUGGUAUGAAUAGUGAAGGAUUAGCAUUAGAUGAUAUUACAUAUACGACUUUGGUCAAUGGGUGCUAUCAGCCGUCCGCAUUCUCUAACCAAGAAUGAAGUUGUUGAAAGUUGGGAGCAUUUUCUGUUUGGAAAGCUUGUUGACUACGGGACAACAAUGAUACUUCUCUUUUUAGAAUUCUGUUCUGGUUGUUACACAUCUGAGGUUCGUUGCUUCAUCUUGUAAUUCUUAAUCUUUUUAUUUACUCUUGCAUUUAAGCUUUUUGCCUAAUGGCUUUGAUAGGUGUUUUACUUAUGCUGUGACUGUGGAUUUCUAUCCAAUAUAAUAAUCGUACGAAUUCUUUACUUAUUGACCUUCCUGGCGGGUUGUCAGAAGCAAUGGAGUACUAGGCCAUUCUUGGACUUUUAAGGUACUUUCUAGCAUCUUUUAUAUUGCUCUAAUAGACUUCAGGGUCUGGUUCACUAGUCAUGACUUUUUCCUGACAUUUUCUUAUUGCGCUCGCUACAAAAUUCUCUUGACUAGGCUGGUCUGCAACAAAAGGAUUUUGCUGGGUACCUGACAUAGGACAGAUUGAGCCAUUGAGAUGAUGCCUCUAGUAGACUUGUUACAGGCUGAUGCUGCAGGAUGUGCUUGUGCGGGGGACGUGAUGACUUUCUUACAUAAUGAAGAUGAUAUGGGCGAGAACUUCUCCUGGAUGAAUAGAAGUGCCAUGUGUCACCAAUCAAGUUCCUCACUUUCUCUGCAUGCAACUAUGUGGCAUAUUGUAUGGGCAGGGACCUACUGCCUUCCUGUUUUGUGGACGGGCAAAUCGUUCACCAUUCCUCGUUAAUCGGUAGGUAGAGAAGACCUUAUCAGCUAGAUUCCUGUUUUCAGUCUUUGGCCAAGGAGGUGGUAGGUCAACCCCCAACCUUUUUUUUGGAUACUGAAUUAGAUUCUGUCAUGUCAUGUAAAUGUCAUAGAGAGAAAAUGUCAAAUUGCCGAGAUUUUCGAGCUUCAGUGUAAUGCUCUCAAUUUUGAAACGUA